AUGCCCGGCUUGGUCAGAAAGCUGGUGAUUAUCGCCGCGGUUGACGGUCUCAUAUUACAACCUAGUGGGAACGGUUCUCGAAAUGGAGGCAGCAGCAGCAACGGGUUUCCGCCGCUUCGGAUUGCGUACAAGACACAGAAAAUUACUUCUCUGUCUCAGGCACAGGCCAAUUCGACGUGGGAGCGAAGUUCGAGUCUAGAAUCGCAUGGCCUUGUUGGUCUGCUCAAUAUCGCGUCCUACUCGUUUCUCAUUUCCAUCACCCAGCGCGAACAGGUCGCUCAGAUUCUUGGGAAGCCUAUAUAUGCAGUCACCAAUGUUGCGGUCAUCCCACUAUCCAGUCAAGCAGAUGCAAGCCAUGCAAUCCUGCAAGCGCAAAAGAACCUAGCGCGAAAGGACAAGGUUCCUAGCGACAUCGGUGGGGAUGAUAUCUCGAGCAGCGAAGCUGAGGCCGAGUCCGAUACCUGCGAGGAGGAGGAGGAGGUCGCUGUGCCAACUCCCGCGGCGAAUACCCCCGACAAUAAUAAUAGAGAUGAACCGGUGACGCAAAGUAGUGUUGCACAGGAUGUCAUCGAGAACCGAGGUCGCUACGGGAGAUUCUCUCUCAACAACUGGUUUUUGAGAAAGCGUUGGGGGCCUAUAGGACCCAUCCUGCCCAAGCCCAAAGAAACUGAAGUUGUAGAUGAGGAAAGCAAGGCUGAAGAUGCGCCCAAAAUACCGAUUUCCGCCAUACCUACAGAACCUGCGGAAGCAGAGGGCACAGAUGUUAUGGACGAGGCGUUGCAUGACGCUGACGCUCAAGAAGAAGAAAAAGAGGUCACACCUCCUAACAGGGCUAUUGAUCUCAUGCCGAAGCUUUUGAGGUAUACAAAGUUAAUAUUCUCGUCAAGGAACUUUUUCUUUUCUUAUGACUAUGACUUGACCCGAAGAUACUCGGUUCAGGACUCUAGAAAUGCACAUCUACCCCCCCAUGGGCUGGCAGACUCUCUAUACUUUUGGAAUAAACACCUGGCGCAGCCCCUUAUAGACAGCGGAAAUUGUUCGGAUCCGUUCGUCCUGCCCUUGAUACAGGGCUUUGUUGGCCAGCGAGAGUUUACGGUUGCGUCAGUUAAAAACCAAUCCGAGGACACUUCAAGCACAGCAAUGGCCGUGGUUGAGCCUAGUACCGGCGAUCGAGAAGAUACAUUACCAGAAUCAAACGACCGAGACGAGCAAGACUUUCUUCUCACGCUGAUUUCUCGCCGAUCAACUCAACGCCCGGGUUUGAGAUACCUCCGGCGCGGUGUUGACGACGAGGGAAACACGGCCAACACCGUGGAAACGGAACAAAUACUGUCCACUCCGACCUGGGAAUCAUCCCGAAAUGCAUAUUCGCUCCUUCAAGUUCGCGGCUCGAUACCGCUCUACUUUUCUCAGUCGCCGUACUCGCUCAAGCCGACGCCUGUGCUCCAUCAUUCGAAUGAAACGAACCAAAUUGCAUUUGGCAGGCACUUUCGCGAUUUCAAUAGAAAAUACGGAAAGAUACAAAUAGUGUCUUUGCUUGAUAAGCAUGGGGUGGAAGUCAAACUUGGCGAGGCGUACGAGGCUUACGCGCGAGCUUUCAAUGAGGAGCAGCGUCUAGAUGGCUCUACACUCGGUUUUGAAUGGUUUGAUUUCCAUCAUGAAUGUCGCGGCAUGAAGUUUGAAAACGUCCGAGGCGUUGUGAACAAACUAGAGAAAACGCUGGAGGAUUUUGGCGAGACUGUCAUCCAGGACAAUACCGUAUUGAAGGAGCAGUCUGGAAUUGUGCGCACCAAUUGCAUGGAUUGUUUAGAUCGCACGGGGGUUACCCAAUGUGCCUUUGGGCAGAGAGCGUUGGAGGAACAGCUGAAAAGGGAGGGGUACGCUAUUGAUCUCCGAGGGGACUCUUCUACUCAGUGGUUCAAUAUCUUAUGGGCGGACAAUGGAGAUGCCAUCUCCAAACAAUACUCAUCCACAGCAGCACUCAAGGGUGACUAUACCCGCACCAGGAAACGCAACUAUCGAGGCGCUCUCAACGACUUUGGCUUGACGUUAUCGCGAUACUACAAUAACCUCGUCAGCGAUUAUUUCUCUCAGGCAUGCGUCGACUAUCUCUUAGGAAAUGUGUCCAUGCAAGUGUUCUCAGAGUUCCAAGACCACCUACAAACUAUCGAUCCUGGCAUCUCGGCAUCGAAACUGCGCCAAAACGCUAUCGACACCUGCAGCCGGCUUGUCGUAGACGAUCAGAAAGAAGAACUUCUUGGAGGCUGGGCGAUGCUUAGUCCGCGGCAAUCCAACACACUACGCACACUACCUUUUGAGGAGACUAUCCUCUUACUAACCGAUGCUGCAAUCUACAGUUGUCGGCUCGACUGGAACGUGGAUAAGGUGCUGUCCUUUGAGCGUGUCGAUUUACGCUCCAUCAGUCGCAUCCGCUACGGAACCUAUAUAACAUCCGUCCUGACAGACGCGCAAACAGACGAGCAGCGGAAUGUUGGCGUUGUAAUAGUAUACCGCGACGGCGACGCCAAUGCCCUGCGAGUCAACACCAGAAGCCUACAGAGCAGCUUCACGCAGGAUGCGCAAGAUAACACUGAGAAAACUCGCGAAGAGUGGGAUUUGUCGUCCUGGCUGACUGGGUCCAAGAGGGCGACUCCUCGGUUUAUGGCGUUCAAGGCUCUUCCGGUCUCGACGUCGGCGAGAAGCAGCACCAAUCUGUCACUGGGCGGCGCGUCUAUCAGUGAGAUUGCUGCCAUCAGAUCAGUAUGCCAGGAAAUCGAGCGCGCUUUGAAGAGUGGAGAUGAAGGGGGUGAGGAUGUCCAAUCUAUCGUCGAGGAGAGUGAGAUUAUCUCACUGGCCGAAGCAAAGAAGAGAACUGGCUAUCUCGAGCAGCUGGUCUACGACGUGAAGAAGUUGGUGUGGGCAUGA